GUGCCGGUGGGGGUGUGAGGUGCGACCCAGCCGCCACUGUGAGCCGAAAUGGGUGACUGGAGCGGUCUGAGCCCGCGCGCCAGGGCGUUUUCCGUGGCGGCACUACUGCAGCUCUCGGAAGCUGCCGGUCACGCAGGCCGAGCGUCUCGGCGAUCAGAGACGACUGAAAACGAUGGCAGUUCAGAUGAAAACUACGUUCUUCAAAAUCCCACCGAUGGCCUUGCAGAAGCUGGUACUAUUUUCAACCAUGCAAUGUAUGCCCCAUUUGGAGGUCAAGUUCAGCCAGCAUUAUCAGCUAGAGCGACACAGAGUCCGGCGGACGGGAGAAGCAGUUGGUCUCCAAAUACUAUCACAACACGAGGCAUCGGGUCAAAUGAAGUCAACCAGCUGCCAGCACGGUUCAACAGAUCACCCUCUGACUGGAGUGAAUUCGCUGCGCCGUCAGACCAUCUCGGAAAAGUGACCGGUACACAAAACACUCUACGGAAGGAUGACCUCUUCUCCAGCACUACAGCAAAUCAAGGAUUGAUAUCCUGCGGAAGUCCGAACGUUUUGCAGCCAAGUGAUCACAGUUCGGGUAUCCCAGUCUCGAGCCACUCUACUACCCCGGGUGAUGACGGUGGUCUGAACGACCGGGUGCCCCCCAGGCACGCUGCCUCUGCCACCUUUACCACAUGUUCAAACCCAGCCACAGACCCAGCUAUGGACCCUGCCGUUGAUUCUUCCAGGCACCUGCAAUCGAAUCCGGGAUCAUGUUCCUUCGUCCGAUCACCAAGCUCGCCAGGCGCCCGCCGAAGGAUGAGCCCAAGUCCAGCUCGAGGCACAGAAGAGGGUGCAUCCGACUCCGGAACGGGAAGCGGUGACGAUGAUGAGCAUGAGGAUCUCAGUGCCUUCGCAGCCCCCAGAUCAGGCGGAAUGUCGAGUCAGCCAGUGCCGUCCGAGUGCCCUCCCCAGCAGAGCACGUCUAGUCAAAUGUCUGAGCAGAAAAGGACGACUUCAACAUCUUCAGCGGAGCAGGCACGACUCCCUCCGUGGUCGCCAUUUGCUGACAUGUCGCCAAAGACAGGGCAUGAGCCGGACCGAGUGACUCCUGCUGAGUCGACCCCGGUAGCGGGGCGAGACGUGGCCCCAGUAAAGCCAGAGCCCCCGACGACAUCACGAGACCCGGUUCCCCGGUUUCCUGGCGGGAUGGGAGCGGCGCAUGAGGAGCCCAAGGACCCCAGUCUGGCGGCGCUGGGCAUCACAGCGGAACUCUGCUCCAGAGAUCUGUGGCUGGAGUUCCACGAACACGGUACUGAGAUGAUCAUCACCAAAAUGGGCAGACGCAUGUUCCCAACUGUGAAGGUGCGUCUGCACGGUCUGAAGCCGUCUGACUCGUACAUCGUCUACAUGGACAUUGUGCCGGUGGACGACAAGCGCUACCGCUACAUCUACCACAGCUCGGAGUGGGCGGUGGCCGGCCCUGGCGACUCAGUCAUCGGCCCCAGUCGGUACGUCCAUCCCGACUCACCGGCCCUGGGCCGACUCUGGACGUCUCAGGGCAUCGUCGCUUUCGACAAACUGAAACUGACCAACAGGAGGGUCGCGUGUAGCCCAGCGCAGAUUUCUCUGCAUUCCAUGCAGAAGUACCGGCCUCGUGUUCACGUGCAGUGGACAAACGACCUUGUGACCCCCGUUGAAGAGCAGAUUGACCUACGCAGGUCACUGACCUUCUCCUUCCGGGAGACAGAGUUCAUUACGGUCACAGCCUAUCAAAACCAAGAGAUAACACGUCUGAAGAUCGCUAGCAACCCGUUCGCCAAGGGUUUCCGAGACAUCCCCGCCAGCAAACGUUUGAGAGCGUCCCCGACCCGGCGGCCGCUGCUGUCUGACCCGCGGUCGGCAGGCUUGAGCAACGCCGGUCGCUCGCUGCGGCAGACCCUGCCUCGGACACGCGCAGACGAGCAGCUGUUUCGCCGUCCCCGCGGAACGUUCAACGUCAACAGUCGACAGCUGGAGCAGGGACUGCGCAGCGCGGCGGUGGCGCCCUCCUUCGGUGACCUGCUCUUCUCUGACCCCCGCAGAGCACCGCUCAAUUUGACGCUGAACAGAACUGGAAGUGCAAAUGCACUCUUUAGAAGAGAGUUUGCCAAUCGUAGACGAGAUCCCGUUAUUGACGUCACGCUGACCAACAACGUGACGCAGGCUGAGCGACAGCGGCGCGUCACCAACGUGACGGAGCUGGAGCGUAACGUGACGCAGGUGACGGAGGACGGGCCGCCCGGCACCGCGGCCAACCUGACCAGCCGCCUGCAGCGCCGCAGUCUGGGCAACCGCGUCCUCACCACCAACUCGGAGUCGAGGGCGCGCGGAGUCGAGAUCCGACUCAGCUUCGACGAUACCGGAUCCACGUUACAACUAUCGGCCGACAAUCGACGCACCCUCACUGACAUCCAGCGAGACGACAACGACCGAACGAUUGUCAGAAAUUCAACCGACAUCUUCACCGAAACUGGAUUUUCGAGACAAAUACGCAACAUGCGACGAAAUAGAGACAGAGUAAACACUGCCAACGUUAAUGAGACUCAAACAAACUUAUCCGUGGGUCUCGGGAUUCAACCUCGUAAUAGAACCGUUCUCCAACGGUGACCACCUGCCAGCAGACACACUUCGAAUGCUACAGAGAAGAAUGGGAAACCUUCAUUUUCGUGUACUUGGGAAUGAUAAAAGGCGCAGCCAUACAAGCAGUCCACUGACCGUAAACCGAAUCAAUCAACUUGAUUUACAUUUACUUCUAAGGGGAGCAGUGGAAUCACAAGUAACUUUUGCAAGAUCCUGUAUGAAUCAAAUUUAGCUUUUUGGUAGAGCUCUUGUUUUCAAUUAAUAAUUGGGUUAAAAAUGUACAGAAGGCUGGAAUACACCGAGGAGCUGCAAAGCUUU